AUGAAGCUUUUGUCAUCAGCAUGCAACGAUACUGAAGAAGUCAUUUAUAAUCCUGGAAGUUGGAAUGAGCAUUACACUUCAGAAACUUGGCUCUGUACCAAAGAAACGAAUAUAACUUCUGUUUAUAAUUUUGUGGAGAUGAACGAUAUGUAUAAUGUGACUUUGUGGCUACAGGGUGAAGAAUGGUUAAACAUUGUUCACGUAUUCGUGUACAGCGAAAAUAACGUAGUUAAAGCAGAAGCAGUUAUGCAAACAGUCACUGUGAUACAUUUUUGUACUCCAGCGGUGGCUGUUCGUGACAGCUUUGAAGUUCUUGAUGCAUAUUCGGUGAGAAACGUAUCAAAAGCUGAAAAUUCAAGUUUACCACUGCAAACUUUUGCAUAA